CUCCCAGUGUUAGCUAAGGUUAGCAUUCCAAGCUAGCAUUCGUAACGUUAAGGAGCCGAUUCUCUUUCUUGAAUGGCGUAGUGUGAGUCCGUUUCUCAUUCGAGUGACAGCGAACCGUGCCUGCCAUGACGACGCAGCCACAGAUGCAUACUCAAGUAGGCCGUUGUUAUGGCGAUGUCAAAUGCAAAGGGUGAUUCCCAGCUCUCAUAAUGGCCACCUCAGGCUAUGUGGGUGAGAUCCAGCCAGCAGCGCAAUCCCAAGGAACUACUGUCACUGUCAUAUCAGGGCAAACCAGCUCCACCACUGCAACUGCGCCUCAAUUCCUGGCUGAGAUUCAGACUACCGUGGCUACUCCUACGGUUGUCACACCCACAUGCCAAUCUGCACCCACUGAACAAGCCUCGUCCAUUGCUGCUCAGAAGUCUGCAGCUGGUGGUCAAGCUCAGUCCACGGCGCAGGUCCAGUCAGCUCAGACUCAGUAUGUGACUGCAGAAAUCCAGAGCUCCCCAUCACAGUCUGGAAAUGCCCAAAGCACUCCUCAGUACAUUGUUGUUACAGUCACAGAGGGCUCCCUUCACUCAAGUGACAGUGUGUCGGACUCUAGUCCACCUCCAGCUGUGGUGCAGACAGGAGUUCCUACACAAGUUGUUCAGCAGGUACAGACGGCUCAACAGCAGAGGUCUGUGGUGCAGGCCACCUCUCAGAUAGCUAAGACCGAGCCAGGAACCCAGCUCAGUGUCACCAGUCUACAGCCUGUUCACAUCAGUCAGGAUGUCCAGCAGCUCACACCAGUGCCAGUCCAACAUGUUUACACCAAUCAAGUGCAGUAUGUCGAAGGAGGAGACACCAACUACACCACCAGCACCAUUCGCUCCAGCGCCUUCCCUUACACUGACACACCUCUGUACACCCAAACCACAGCUGCCCAGUAUUAUGAAGGUCAGCCAACAUCAGGCUCACAGGCUUCUACCCCCGGCACUCCUUUAACGGUCUCUGUGACCACUGGCACGACGGGGGGCGUGUCCAUGUUUGUGGCCCAGCCUACAAGUGCUGCCGGGGGAGGGGCCACAGUGGUGACCACGGGGGGCACCACCAACGGGGCAGGGGAUGGGGCAGGCACCAAUGGUGGCACAGCAGGCAGCUAUGUGAUCCAGGGGGGUUACAUGUUGGGCGGCAGCAGUGGAGGGGCAGCCGGCAACAGUCAGAACUACUCACACACUGCCCGCGCCUCCCCAGCCACUGUGAGUAUUACAGAGGGCGAGGAGAGUAGCGUGCCGUCGGCAGACAAGAAGGUACAGUGGUUGCUGGACAACUAUGAGACAGCUGAAGGAGUGAGUCUGCCACGUUCCACCCUCUACUGUCACUAUCUGCUGCACUGUCAGGAGCAGAAACUAGAGCCCGUUAAUGCUGCCUCUUUCGGGAAACUGAUUAGAUCUGUGUUCAUGGGGCUACGUACACGACGCCUCGGCACACGGGGUAAUUCAAAAUACCACUACUAUGGACUGAGGAUCAAGGCUGGCUCAUCUCUUCUUCGUCUGAUGGAAGACCAGCAACAUCUGGCCAUGAGGCAGCAGCCCUUCUCGCAGAAACAGAGGUUGAAACCUGUGCAUAAAGUGGAAGGAAUGACCAAUGGCACAGCGUCAGGAGCCGGCCAACAGCAGCAACAGCAGCAGGGGUCAGGGCAUGUGGACAUCAGCACCCAGGUUCAGCAGUACCAGCAGUUCCUAGAUGCGUCGAGAGCUCUCCCAGAGUUCACAGACAUUGACCUCCAGGGGAAGUCUCUGCCAGAGGGAAUCGAACUGGAGCACAUAAAGAGCUUUCAGCUGCUGUACAGAGAACACUGUGAGGCCAUUCUGGACGUGAUGGUCAACUUGCAGUUUACCCUGGUGGAGACGCUGUGGAAAACCUUCUGGAGGUUCAGCCAGAGUCAGGCUGGAGAUGCCACUUUGGCCGUUCAUGAUGAGUCAGAGAAGCGUCUGCCUAAGUCCUGCCUGGUGUUGCUGUGCAAGUACGAGCCUGUGCUGCGCUGGAGCCGUGACUGUGACAACAGUCUGUACCAGGGCCUGGUGGAGAUCCUCAUCCCUGAUGUCCUCAGACCCAUCCCCAGUGCCUUAACUCAAGCCAUCCGCAACUUUGCCAAGAGCCUGGAGAGCUGGCUGACCAAUGCUAUGAUGAACAUCCCAGAAGAAAUGGUCCGCAUUAAGGUGACUUCAGCCAACGCAUUUGCUCAGACACUGCGUCGCUACACCAGUCUGAACCACCUCGCCCAGGCAGCACGUGCUGUUCUGCAGAACACGGCCCAGAUCAACCAGAUGCUCUCUGACCUCAACCGUGUCGACUUUGCUAACGUCCAGGAGCAGGCGUCGUGGGUGUGCCGGUGUGAAGACCGCGUUGUCCAGCGGCUGGAGCAGGAUUUCAAGUUGACCCUGCAGCAGCAGAACUCUCUGGAGCAGUGGGCCGCGUGGCUGGACGGUGUGGUCUCCCAGGUCCUGAAGCCCUACCAGCACAGCCCAGCCUUCCCCAAAGCUGCCAAGCUCUUCCUGCUCAAGUGGUCCUUUUACAGUUCCAUGGUCAUCAGAGAUUUGACCCUGCGCAGUGCAGCCAGUUUUGGCUCCUUUCACCUGAUCCGCCUACUCUACGACGAGUACAUGUACUACCUGAUAGAGCACAGAGUGGCCCAGGCUAAAGGAGAAACCCCCAUUGCUGUCAUGGGAGAGUUUGCAAGUCUGGGCCGGGGUCUAAACCACCUGGAUCCCGACAAAGAAGAGGAAGAGGAAGAGGAGGAGGAGAGCGACGACGAAGGUCAGGAGCUGUCCCUUCAAUCAGACGCGGCCGUCCUGGGAGAGGAGUCUCUGGAGCCGCCUGCUAAGCUGGCCAGAACUGACCAGAGAAUCCUCUUCACAGCCGGGCAAGCUGACAACUAAUGACACUGCGAGAGAGGUCGCUUCAUUUUUUUGACCCCCACACACACACACACACACACACGCACACACACACACACAGACACACAGAUGUACAAAGAACACUAAUUUAUACACUUGACACAUGUAUAUAGAUCUUGUAAAAGUGUGUGUGUGCACACUCUCGCCAACUGUAACUUUCCCACUUGUGUACACACACACACACACACACACACACACACACACACACACACACACACACACACACACACACACACACACACAUGCACGCGUGCACAGUCAAAACAGACAUAUACAAACAUAAGUGCUGCUGCCUGGAUGGCACAACUACCUGUUCACAUCACUGACUCACUCGAUACAAAAUCAUUGACAUUGCAAUAGGAUGUGGUUUCAAAAAGCCUGACUGUCACAGUGCAGUGCAAAGAGGAACACAGAAUUUGAACGCUCCAUUGGAUGGAAGAAAUAAAUAAAGCCACGUGUGUGUGUGUGUGUGUGUAGUUUUUUUGUGUGCGUGUUUGUGUCUCAUUGCAUUACAAACUGUGGCCUCACCGGCUCCUUAUUUAGAAUCCCCUGCUCACUCGAAACCCACCUGAAACUGUCACUGCCGUACAAAGUGAUCUUGAAAAUACUGUGAUGUGUGUAAAAAAAACAAAAAAAACACAAACAUUUAUUGGUUAGUAGUUCGUGGCUGGAUUGAAUUAAUUCAUUCAUAUUCAUAAAGGGGGAAAACGCAUUAGUGAAAGACAGCGUGUGUGUGUGUGUGUGUGUACAUGUGUUUUUUUUGUCUUCUCUGGGUCACACCGCUCUGUUGUAACCUCUGGAGGCUGACUGAACAUUGCUUUUCUAAUAUGGUGUGUGUGUGUGUUUGUGAUGGUGAGUUGUGUCGACUGUAGAUAUUUUCUAAUGCGGUCAAACAUUCUUGAUUUGGGAGAUGUGUAGAGUUUGAUUUAAUCCUCGUGUAAAGGAAAAUUGUUGUUUUGUGUGUUUUUUGGAGUGCCUGUCGCAGCUGCUACACACACACUUGUAAAGAUAAAAACUACAGCUGAGGAGGGGCCUCUCAUUAGUUGCUGCAACAACAAAAAAUAUACCGUCUCUUUUAUUGAUCACGUUUCCAUGAGAGAGGUACUGUACUGUGUGUCAUAAUAUUUUAAGUGCUUCAUCCCUGUCCAUCCAGCAAGUUCCUGUGUUGCCUCAUUUUCUGUUUACAUAUCAUUUUUUUCUUGCCUUAUUGUUUUUUUCCUUAUGUGUGCCAAACCUGUUUUCCUUUGGUCCCGGGCCCUUUCGUUUUUCGAUUUUCUCUCUAUGUUUUAAGGAGGUCUGUGCCUGAGUAAGAACGGCGAUAUAUUCUACUGUAUAUUUAUCCACUAUUUUGAAUUUCGUUGUCACUAAAGUGAAACUCUCGUGCCGUGUUAUGGUGCUGUGUUGUCACACAUUGUAAUCAGCCUUUGUGUGCGUUAUUGAGUUGUGAUUGUACUCUUCAGUUACCAGUCCUUUUUUUUCCCAUACCUUAAGACGUUUCCAAAAACCGACUAAGGCCCCGCCUCUUUGCACAUGUUGUCUGAUCUCAAAUGUUUAAAGACUUAUUUGUUGGUUUUUUUU